CCGAGCGCUGGAGGAGCAGGUCCGCAGCUGCGGAGGGCUGGGCGUUCCCAGCCCGGGUCCCUUCGCUGUCCCCGCCGCGUGUGGCCCCCUCGCACACCGCGUCCCUCCCUCCCUGCUGCCGGACGGGCCCCGCGGCUCUGCGGGCAGAACCAGGGGCGCUCCUGACCCCUGAGCGUGUCCCCCGCCAUGCCGCCCCACGGAGGGGUGUUGGUGGCUCUCUGCACGCUGCUGGCCCUCGGUGCGGCCGAGACGCCCCCAGGAUGGGCCACUCUGGCCUUCGUGUUCGAUGUCACCGGCUCCAUGUACGAUGACCUGGUGCAGGUGAUGGACGGCGCCUCCCGCAUCCUGGAGCGGACGCGCAGCCGGAGCACCAAACCCAUCAGCAACUACGCCCUGGUGCCCUUCCAUGACCCAGAGGUGGGACCUGUCACCCUCACCACGGACCCCCAGCUCUUCCAGCAGCGCCUGCGGGAGCUCCAUGUCCAGGGCGGGGGGGACUGCCCGGAGAUGAGCGUGGGCGCCAUCAGGGUAGCCGUGGAGAUCUCCCAUCCCGGCUCCUUCGUCUACGUCUUCUCGGAUGCUCGGGCCAAGGAUUACGAGCAGCAGGAGGAGCUGCUGCGGCUGCUGCAGCACAAGCAGAGCCAGGUGGUGUUUGUGCUCACCGGGGACUGCGGGGACAGGAGCCACCCCGGGUACCGGGUGUACGAGCGCAUUGCCGCCACCAGCUCCGGGCAGAUCUUCCACCUGGACAAGCAGCAGGUGACAGAGGUGCUGAAGUGGGUGGAAGAAGCCAUCCAGGCUUCCAAGGUCCACCUGCUGUCUACGGACCACGAGGAUGGUGGGGAGAACACAUGGCAGGUCCCCUUUGAUCCCAGCCUGAAGGAGGUCACCAUCUCCCUGAGUGGGCCUGCCCCAGGGAUCAGGGUCCAGGAUCCAGCAGGAAAGGUCCUGGAGAAAGGCCGAGGUCUGAAGGAGCUGCUCAGCAUCCCCAACUCAGCCAUGGUGGUGGCCCUGGAGCCCUACGAGCCAGGGACAUGGCUGGUCACGACCCGGAGCAGCGGCCGCCACUCUCUGAGGAUCACGGGCAUCAGCAAUGUCAAUUUUCAAGCCAGCUUCUCCACGCAGCCGGAGUUUGACGCCAUCCAGCGCGGAGAGCGGCCGGUGCAGGGUCUGCCCAUCUCUGUGCUGGUGAACUGCAGCGGUCUGAGGCCGCCUGGGCGCCUGCAGGAGAUCGAGCUGUUCAACACCUCGGGCCACGUCCUGCUCUCGCUGCCCGUGCAGCCGCUCCUCAACUCCUCCUCUGGCUCCAGCACGCAGCUCUGGGUGGGAUCGCCGCUCUGGGUGCCCCCGGGGGACUUUCUGCUGAAGGUGAAGGGUGAGGAUGGCCAGGGCCACCCCCUGCACCGCCUCUCAGGGGUCACCUACACCAGCGUGGUCCCCGGUCUGCCCAAAGUGAACAUCUCCAGCAAUAUCCAGGCUUACAGCCGGGAGCCACAGCUCAUCUCCUGCUCUGCACGGAGUGAGAUCCCUUUCCAGCUGCAGCUCAGCCGUGGCAGGAGGAAGCUUGGGGAGGAGCAGCUCUUCAGGAUUUCAGGGAACAUCAGCUGGUUGAUCCCUGCAGUGUCUGAGGGUGAUGAAGGCUUUUAUGAGUGCACGGCCACGAGCAAGGUCGGCGUGUCCCGGGCCCGUGCCUACCUCUCUGUCUCAGAGCCACCACCACGUCUCAUCACCCCGGGCAACAUCACGGCUUCACCAGGGCAGGACGUGGUGAUGUCCUGCGUGGUGCAGGGGGACGUGCCCUACAACCUGACCUGGAGCUGGGAUGGGAAGGUGGCACAGCCAGGGGCUGGCAGGGCCCGGCUGCUGCAGAACAGCUCCCUGGAGAUCAGCCACGUGCAGCCAGGGGACGGGGGCCUGUACGAGUGUGUGGCACAGAGCGCCCAUGGCACUGCCACUGCCUCGCUGUGGCUCUUCAUCCAGGAGGCACCCUGGGUGAAGGUGGACCCCAGUCCCCAGCGUUUCAGCAGGGGCCAGGAGCUGAGGUUGAACUGCACAGCCGGGGGCCACCCCCAGCCCCAAACCACCUGGAGGCACUGGGGCUGGCCUCUGCAGCAGGAUGAGAGGGUUUUCAGGGAUGCUGAGGGUUCCCUGCACAUCAGGUCUGCUGUCCCAGAGGAUGCAGGGAAUUACAGCUGCUAUGCCAGCAGCACUCUGGGCUGGGAUGAGCAAGUGACCGUGCUGCGAGUGGGAUCUGCCCCUCACUUUCCUGAGCCCCUGGGCGACCUGGAGGUCCAGGUUGGGGACAGAGUGAGCCUGCCAUGUCGUGUGGAGGGAUCUCCCCUGCCCCAGGUUACCUGGACUCGGCAGGAUGGGAAGCCUGUGGUGGGCUGGCACGGCCCACAGGAUGUUUCCAGCCAGCUGGAGACUGCCCAGCUCCUCAUUGACAGUGCCUCGCUGGAUGACCAAGCCACCUACAUCUGUGAAGCCCAGAACGAGUUUGGGAAGAUCCAGGCAGAGGUCAAGCUCACAGUCACAGGACAGGCCCCAGAAAUAGCCCUUGCAUCCCCCGUGGUCCGUGUGCUGCCAGGCCAGCCCGUGUCCCUGCCCUGUGUGAUCCUGGCUGGGAGCCCCUUCCCUGCCCGCCGCUGGCUCAAGGAUGGGCACAUGGUAGCCCCAGGUGGCCGCUAUUCCAUGCGGGCUGACGGGAGCCUGCACGUGGAGCAGGCAUCUCAGGGGGAUGCAGGAACCUUCACCUGUGAGGUGACAAACGCCCUGGGCUCACACAGGCAGGAUGUGACCCUGGUCAUCCACGCUCCUCCCAGCAUCGAGCCUGGCCCUGUUCUGGUCACUGCCACCGAGGGAGCUGCUGUCACCCUGCAGUGCAAUGCCACUGGUGUGCCACGCCCCACUGUCACCUGGGCCAAGGGCACAGAGCCCAUUUCAGCGAGCCCACACUACCAGCUCGACCCCGAUGGGACCCUCCUGAUCCCUUCAUCAUCCCCUGGGGAUGCUGGCACCUACUUCUGCACAGCCACCAAUGCAGCAGGGUUCUCCAGCAGGGAGAUGCAGCUCUCCAUCAGCACAAAGCCCAGGAUCAGCGUGAAUGGAUCACAGACACUGGAGCCUGUGCCCAUCCUGGCAGUGCUGGGGCAGGAGACCACCCUGCCCUGCGAGGCCCAAGGGCUCCCCCCUCCCCUGGUGGUGUGGAGCCGGGAGCCCCAGCCCCUGCCCCUGGCCAGCACCAGGUUCAGCAUCCUCCCUUCAGGAUCCCUGCACCUGGCUGAGCCCCAGGUGACAGACAAUGGCCUCUACACCUGCACGGCCACCAACGCUGCGGGGAGCGCCUCGCUCAGCUACAGCCUGCACGUGCAAGCUCCGCCCCAGCUGUGGAUUGGUGAUGGGGAAAGGCACCUGGCAGCUGUAGCCAACACCUCCCUGAGCAUCCAGUGUCACACCAGGGGCAUCCCCCCAGCCCAGAUCCAGUGGCUGAAGGAUGGGCACCCUCUGGACGGGCAGGACGGCGUGGUGGUGUCCCAGGAUGGUGGCACUCUGCUGCUCACACGAGUGGGGCUUGGCCACCAAGGGCUCUAUGUCUGCCAGGGCAGCAGCUGGGCAGGGCUGGCCCAGGCAGAGGUGCAGGUUUCAGUGCAUGUGCCUCCCAACAUCGAGCCCAGCGCGGUGGAUCUGACCAUCCCCGAGAACAGCUCGGCAUCCCUGGAGUGCCUGGCCUCGGGGCUGCCCGCUCCCGGUGAGCCCCUCUCCAGCCAGCCAGGGAGCCCAAAGCUGGUGUCCCCAGGAGGAAACGUGGUGUACAUGGAGAAGGUGCAGCUGCUGGACCAGGGGACGUACACCUGUGAGUGCAGGAACAUUGCUGGCAGCAGCAGCAAGGAGCAUCACCUGAAGGUGCACGGUGAGUGUGAGGCACCUGAGACCUGUGGGGGCAGGUGGAGGUGCUGGGACUCUCUCAAUCUGCCAAGGCUCCAGGGCAGCAGCAGCAGCACCCCCAGGAAGGUUUCUGUCAUCGAGGGUGGUGAGACAGUUCUGGAGUGCGAAGUCAUGGGCACAGCAGCACCGUGGGUGACGUGGGUGAAGGAUGGGCAGCCUGUGGCUGCUGGGGAUGGGCUCCUGCUCACGGAGCAGGGGAAAAGGCUGCACAUCCCCAGGGCAGAGCUGGCCCAUGCAGGACACUACACCUGCCUGGCUGCCAGCCCAGAGGGGCAGGAGCAGAGGGAGUUUGAAGUUGUGGUGCAUGUUCCCCCUGAGUUCAUUCAAGGAUCAGGAGUGACAACCAAUGUCAGCGUUUCCCUGCAAGGAUCCCUGACCCUGACCUGUGAGGCCACUGGCAUUCCCCAGCCCAGCGUCACCUGGUUCUGGGAUGGUUCCCCUGUCACCCCCAGCGAGCACACACAGCUGCUUUCAGGGGGCUGGCUGCUCAGGCUCACCCAUGCUCGAGCCCAGGAUGGUGGUCACUAUUCCUGCCUGGCCAGCAACAUAGCUGGGGAGGCCAGGAGGCAUUUCUACGUGCAGGUCCUAGUUCCUCCCCACAUUGAGGAUGCAGAUGAAGAAGACACCUUCAAGGUGCCCAAGGGCCACCCUGUCACCUGGUCCUGCCUGGCUUCAGGCAACCCACAACCCCAGAUCACCUGGAUGAAAGACAACCAACCUCUCCCUGGCACCUUCUCCAUCUCCCCGGAUGGCUCCUUGUUCCACAUCCCCCAGGCCUCCCUGGCCCAUGCUGGUCUCUACUCCUGUGUGGCCUCCAACUCUGUGGCAAAUCAUACCAAGAAUUACCUGCUGGAUGUUCUGGCCAGUCCCACCUCUGCUCAGGAUGCUGCUGCUGCAGAAGAGGUGACAGUGAUCAUCAACAACCCCAUCUCCCUGCUCUGCGAGGCCCCACCAUACCCAUCUCCCAACAUCACCUGGCUCAAGGACCAGGUUCCUCUCCAAGCAUCUGGAAAUGUCCUCCUGCUCCCUGGUGGCCACGGGCUGCAGAUCCUGAAUGCCCAGGAGGAGGACACGGGCACCUACAGCUGCAUCGUGGCCAGCGAGGAUGGGGAGGCUGUGAAGAGCUAUGCUGUGAAGGUCCUGGUUCCUCCUUGGAUUGCCAGAGAGGAUCCUCUGGGGGAAUUUGCUGUGAAAGAGGUGAAAGCCAGGGUGAACAGCACGGUGGUGCUGGAGUGUGAGACCUGGGCUGUGCCCCAGCCAACCAUCCUCUGGUACAAGGACAAGCAGCUUCUGGAAAGCUCUGAACACAUCCAGAUCCUCAGUGAGGGGCAGGUCCUCCAGAUCCCAGCUGCUGGUGUCUCAGAUUCAGGGCACUACACCUGUGUGGCCACCAAUGCUGUGGGUGAAGAUGACAGGGAUUUCAUUGUGCAUGUCCAAGUGCCCCCCAUCUUCCAGCAGCAAACAGGCCCCAGGGAAGCCCUUGAGCUCUUCUAUCGGGAGGAGGACCAGGAUGGGGAGGUGACAGAGCACCGGCAGGCUGUCCUUGGCCAGCCCACCGCCCUCUACUGUGACACCAGUGCCAUCCCACCCCCCCAGCUCACCUGGUACAAGGAUGGGGAGCCCCUCUCCCCCGGCCUGGGGGUGCUGAUGCUGCAAGGGGGCCGGGUGCUGCAGCUGCAGGCGGUGCAGGAGGAGCACAGGGGCAGGUACACCUGCGAGGCCGCCAACGCUGCGGGCCGGGACCGCCUGCACUACGAGCUGGAGGUGCUCACUGCCCCGGCCAUCCGUGGUGGCACAGAGGACCUGGAGGAGGAGGAGGUGACGGCCACCAUCAAUGGCACUGUCCAGUUUGAGUGUGAGGCUACCGGGCACCCAGAGCCCACGGUGUCCUGGCUCUGGAAUGAUGUCCCCAUAGAGGCUGGCCCACGGCACCAGCUCCUGGAGGGUGGCACUGUCCUGCAGGUGGCAAUGCUGGAGGUGGGUGACGCUGGCAGUUACACGUGCGUGGCUGAGAACCCGGCCGGCUCAGCUGAGAAGCACUUUGCCCUCUCUGUGCAGGAAGCUUCCUGGAGUGUGGCUGCAGACCCCGAGAAGGUCGAUGGCAUUGUCAAUGGCAGCGUCUCACUGGUGUGUGACAUCCAGCCCCACCCGGCUGCAGAGAUCACCUGGUACAAGGACGGCCACGUCCUGUGGCCUGGAAAGGAGGGCACUGUCACCCCAGACUCUCGGGUGCUGCAGCUCCCUGACCUGCAGCUCUCCAGCUCAGGCACCUACACGUGCAUGGCACUGAGCGUGGCCAGCCAGGACCAGAAGAGCUUCAUCCUCACCAUCCAUGAGCCCCCCGGCACCCAGGACCCACAGCAGGAGACGCUGGAGGCUGACAUGGGGACACCCCUGGUGCUGAGCUGCCGUGUCACCGGUGUGGCCGUGCCCUCUGUCACCUGGCUGAAGGAUGGGCACCCUCUGGAGAUGAGCCCAGAGCAGGGUUUGGUGUCCGGGGGGGCCCAGCUCCUGCUCAGCCCCCUGCAGCCCUUCCACCAGGGCCGGUACACCUGCCUGGCACAGGGGGCCGAGACACGCAAGGACUUCCUGGUGCUGGUGCGAGCGCCCCCCCGGAUCAGCAGUGCAGGGGACCCCAGCGAACACAGCGUGCUGGAGGGCAGCGGGGUGAGGCUGGAGUGCCGGGCACAGGGGCAGCCCACUCCCCACAUCUCCUGGCUGAAGGACGGGCGGCCCCUGGGGUUGCAGCCCCCCUCACACGCCCGGGUGUCCCCGGAUGGAGCCCUGGAGAUCCGGCAGGCGCUGCCUGCACAUUCUGGCCGCUACACCUGCACGGCCCAGAGCGCCGCGGGCACGGCCCGCAAGCACCUCUGGCUCACGGUGCACGAGCCCCCUGCCUUGAAGCCCCUGCCCGGCAUGGUGAUGGUGAUGGUCAAUGCCAGCGUGGUGCUGUCCUGCGAGGCCACAGGCAUCCCCCGGCCGGAGGUCACCUGGCAAAAGGAUGGUGUUGGCAUCACUGGAGGUGCUCCCCAGAGGGCAGCUCCGGCUCCUCCGAGCAGCCCCAGAGGACGCCGGCACCUACCUGUGCAUGGCCCGGAACCCCUCGGGCACCGCUGCNGCUGGGCACGGGGGUCCCCUCCGCUGCAUGUGAGCUGGCUGAAGGACGGGCUGCCCCUCCGCCUGUCCCCUCGUGUCACCCUGCUCUCGGCUGGCCACCUCCUCCGGAUCUCCCAGGCUCAGCUCUCCGAUGCUGGACUCUACACCUGCGUUGUCUCCAGCCGGGCGGGAGUGGCCGAUCGCAGCUUCGUCCUGCAGAUCCAGGUGCCCCCUGUCCUGGAGAGCCCCGAGAGCAGCGAGGAGCAGAUGGUGGCCCAGGGCUCUGAUGUCACCUUCACCUGCAAAGCCACCGGGUCCCCAGCACCGACAGUGACCUGGCUGAAGAACGGAGAGCCCCUGGGGCAGCAGAGGGCCCAGGUGCCCAGGGGCCCACAGCUGAGCCUGGUGGCUGUGGCACCAGCUGAUGCAGGCAUUUACUCCUGCCUGGUGGUGAAUGAAGUGGGGGAGGUCAGCAAAGCCUUCCACCUCGUGGUGAUGGAGCCACCCCGUGUCAAGGCUGGGUCCCAUCCCACGGAGAUAUCCAUCGCUGUGGGCACCCCUCUAGGGCUCAGGUGUGUGGUGACAGGUGUCCCCAUGCCCACUGUCACCUGGGAGAAGGAUGGACAGCUGCUGGCAGGGCCCUCGCUCAUGACAGGGAAUGAGAGCACGCUCCACAUUGACAGCACUGAGGUGGCUGAUGCUGGCUUGUACACCUGCCUGGCCACCAGCCCUGCAGGGGAGGACAGCAGGAGCUUCCAUGUCAGCAUCCAAGCGGCCGUGCUGCCCUGCCGGGCACAGGGGUGGCCCGUGCCCCGGGUGACGUGGCGCAAGGACGGCCAGCUCCUGCCCCUGCCCGGGAGUGACAGAUUGCAGCUCCUGCCAGGUGGCUCCCUGCAAAUUGACCCUGUCCAGGCCCAGGAUUUGGGCCAUUACCUCUGCAUGGCAUCCAGCCCUGCUGGCUCUGACCGGCGUGGCCUGGACCUGCACGUGCUGGUCCCUCCUGCCAUCACACCUGGGCCCUCCAACCUCACCCUGCUGGCUCAGCAGCCAGCCACGCUGGGCUGUGACGCCUGGGGGUCCCCUGAGCCCCACGUCAGGUGGGAGAAGGAUGGCCAUCCCCUGAGCCUGCACCUCCCACCCGGCACCUACAGUUUGCAGUCCUUGGGGUCUCUGCUCAUCUCCAGCCCCACUCCCAGGGAUGAGGGCAGGUUUGAGUGCAUCGCCACCAACGCUGCUGGGGAGGCUCGAAAGGCUUUCCUCGUGUCUGUGCAUG